AUGGAGGAUAUAGCGGGGUUGAACUGGAGUUCGACCCCCGCCAGCAGACAGACCUUGAAACCUGCACCCGCAACUUCAGAUUACUCUGCCUUUAGCACAUCAAGACCUACGCCUCCUGUCUCCGGGAGGGCCUCUCCAUUAAAUCCGAUAUCGAGUCAGCCGCCCUCCAAACCAUCUACCCCGGCCAACGACAGCUUUGCGAACCUCGUUUCCUUCGGGCCAGCAUCCCAUAAGAAUCUCUCGUUGUUGGAACAGCAGAAGAUACAGGUGGAAGCAAAGCUACAGCAGCAGAAAGCUCAGACCCAGAGAUUGAACGACCAGUAUGCUGGCGGAGAUGACCAAUUUUGGAACAACCUGGGCAGUGGAAGGGGGACGCCCGCGAUCGACAAUGCAAAGAAUCAGACCACGAACGAGAAGAAUCACGAGUUAGACGAUGCCGACGACGAUCUAUUUGCCGCCUUCAACAAAUCACCGGUUGCUAAAAAUGACCCUAUUACUGCAUCUGUGCAGGAAAAAGCCGGGGACGAUCAUGACCAUGAUGACCCCUUUGGACUGUCACAACUUCCUCCUAGGAGGGCAGAUACCGCCGCAACGGUGAGCACCGCUGCCGAUGAUGACGAUGAUGUGCUUGGACUCCUGGGAAAACCUGUAUCCGCCCCAAGAGCAGAAUCUCCCCCGCCCACCGCGAAGAAACAGGCUGCGGACCUCUCCCCGCAAGACAAAGCUGCGGCAGAGCUGGUCGAUAUGGGAUUCCCAGCGGAUAAGGCAAAAAUCGCCCUGGAGGCUACAGAAUCGGGACUGGAUGUCCAAGCCGCUGUGGGCUAUUUAUUACACCAAGCCCACGCGGAGGCUCGCCAAAAGGCUCAGUCGAGAACCGCCUCUGGGCAAAGAGGUGAUCCAGACAACGGCAGAAUGAGCGCCCGGGCCGAAGCGCAAACAGCAAGGACGAGACCGCCGUGGGAAGACGGAGAUGGUUCUCGAAAUCGUGCAAAAGGCUCUGCUCAUGCUGGCGAGAAAGAUUUUGAACAGCUUGCAGCAGAGUUCGGCAGUAACUUCUUGAAGACUGCAAACUCUUUGUGGAAGCAGGGAACAAAACGAGUUCAGCAAGCUGUGCAGGAAUUCAAUUCCGAUAGUGAGGCAGGCGGCCAGCCCCGGUGGAUGCGGGAAGUAGCCGAGCGACCGACCAGAAAAGAACACCCACAACGGCAGCAUGAGUCCGAGCCGGGGCGUGGUAGAAGGAGACCUAGCCCAGAAGCCCACGGUCAAGCAAGCAUGACGGAUGAAGCGAUGAUGUUGGAAUCCAACAGACCAACACCUCCACCGCGACCUUCUUCUCCAUCAAGACCAGUUCGACAUUUCAACUCCAGCGCUGACAAUUCCCGUGACCACUCCCCGAUUAUACACUCACGACUGCGAGAAUCACUUCCUCAGACACAGCCGGCGCUUGUGCGGCAGCAACAUCAAUCUCCUGCCGCAAAUCCGAGAGCUGCUCUGAACCGUGCUGCUGCCGAAGAGCAGGCUGCUCAAGCGUAUGUCAGCUCAGCUCGACGGCGAAAACCACAACCUAAUUCUGCACAACACGCAUCGCCAGCAGCCGUUCCCGGGGCAGAUCUUCUCGAAGGUGGUUUCAAAGACACUCCUUCAGCCCUUUCCCGUCCAGCAGCACCUGUAGGAAUGAGCAAACCUCUCCCUCGUCCACAAUCCCAACCAGUCAAGCAACUGGCCGAAGCAGCCCCAAUUCAAGUCCGGCCUCCGCCGCCUCCCCGCGCCUUCCCAUCCGUAUCGGUCAUUUCGCUACAAGCUAGCCACUCCCACCGUGAAAAGGGCAACGAACAUUUCAAGCGCGGCGACUAUGCUUCCGCGCAUCAGUCCUAUGCCACAUCCCUGUCGCAUUUGCCGGAUACUCAUCCGCUGACCAUAGUGCUUUUGACAAACCGUGCUCUUACAGCGCUGAAGAUAGGCGAGCCGAAGCAAGCCAUUGUUGACGCUGAUAAGGCUAUCAUGACCAUCGGCCCCUCGAAGGGUGAGAAUGAGAUGAUAGAGAUCACCACUUCGGGCGACAUGGGUAAUAAGCCGAUGCGCGAGUACUACGGGAAGGCGCUCAUGCGCAAAGCCGAAGCCCUGGAACAAAUGGAGAAAUGGUCAGAGGCUGCCAUCGUCUGGCGAGAAGCGGUGGAAGGAGGUCAUGGCGGUGCGACAAGUAUCCAGGGUCGUAUGAGGGCAGAGAAGGCGGCAACCCCACAAAAACCGAAACCUGCCACUCCCUCAAUGGCCGCCGCAGCGAAGAAAUCAGGGUCCGCUAGUGCUCCACCCUCCUCGACUCUCCGUCGCGCAGCACCGCCCGCGCUGGCGACCAGCCUCGAGCCAGCAGAAGCGGUUUCUCGCCUCCGCGCCGCAAACCAGGCCGCGGAUAAACUCGACGACGAAAAAUUCCGGCUUUCCGAGUCUGUUGACGCACGCAUCAACACGUGGAAGUCCGGCAAGCAAGACAAUCUUCGAGCCUUGCUGGGAUCACUGGACAGCGUGCUCUGGGAAGGGAGCGGGUGGAAGAAAACAAGCAUGGCCGAUCUGGUCCUCCCCGGCAAAGUCAAGGUGCAGUAUAUGAAGGGGAUUGGCAAGGUACAUCCUGACAAGAUCCCCACCGACGCCACCACCGAGCAGCGCAUGAUUGCCGGGGCUGUCUUCAGCGCCUUGAACGACGCCUGGGACAAAUUCAAGGCCGAGAAUGGAUUAUAA